UCACUCAUUCAUUUUUUUGUCAGUGAUAUACUCAUAUAUGUCAUUUCAGCAAUUUUUCAACGAAAAAUCAAAGGUGUCUGUCUGGAUCUCUCUGAGAAAAAGAAGGACGAAGAAGGCGUAAACAGGGUUCUGACUUCUGAGGAAAGCAGUGAAAAGUUGCAUCCGGAGGAGACGGAAAGAGUUAGACCCAAUAAAUAUCUCAUUAUGCUUUUUAUGAAACUGUCCGGGUGAUCUUAGGAACUCUGAGGUGAAGGUAUGAUACCAUAGAGGCUUGAAUUGACAUUAAAAGGAGAAAGUUGAAUUAGUAGAAAGGAGAAAGCUGUUGCAGGCUUAGAGACAAAAUUCAUGCUUAUAUUGUGGACUGCCAAAAUGAGGACCAUGCAAAACUUGGUCCAAAUGAUUGUAUGAACCUGCAAUGGUAAUUUGAUAACAACAGGAAUCUCUUAACCUUAAUUCCAAUCAGAUACCAAACGUAUGUGCCAGGCUGGUGUCAUGGAGAGUGAAACGACCUUCAUGGAAGUAUCAGAACAAUUGCUGCAUGAUUCAGAUAAGUUUAGAGCCAUUCAACCUGUGGAGAGCGAUUCAAACCCUGAAUGGAAGGACCAGAUCACAAUGAGAGGGCUGGUGGUGAGCACGAUGUUGGGGAGUCUUUUCUGCAUCAUCAUUCACAAGCUCAAUCUAACAGCCGGGAUCAUCCCAUCCUUGAAUGUUGCUGCGGGGCUGCUAGGCUUCUUUUUCAUCCAGUCCUGGACUGGCUUCUGGUCUAAGUUGGGAUUUAGGGUUACCCCCUUUACAAGGCAAGAGAACACCGUCAUCCAGACUUGUGUCGUUGCUUGCUAUACCCUCGCUCAUACCGGGGGAUUCGGUUCAUAUCUGAUAGCAAUGGAUGAGAAAACAUAUGAACUCACUGGAGCCAAUCACCCUGGGAAUCGGGCACAAGAUGUUAAAAAUCCAAGCUUGGGGUGGAUGACUGUUUUCUUGUUUGUUGUCAGCUUUGUUGGCAUCUUUACUCUUGUUCCACUUCGUAAGGUUAUGAUCAUGGAUUACAAACUUACAUAUCCCAGUGGGACAGCCACAGCAAUGUUGAUAAAUAGUCUUCAAACUAAAACUGGCGCAGAGCUUGCCCGGAAGCAAGUACGUUCUCUUGCGAAGUAUCUAAGUAUAAGUUUUGUAUGGAGCUGUUUUAAGUGGUUCUUUAGUGGUAUUGGAGAUUCAUGUGGGUUUGACAACUUUCCUAGCUUUGGACUAACGCUAUUUAAGAACACGUUUUAUUUUGACUUCGGUUUAACCUAUGUUGGAUGUGGUCUUAUCUGUCCUCGCAUAGUCGUUUGUUCAGUUCUUCUUGGGGGUAUCAUAUCAUGGGGUUUACUCUGGCCCUUCAUAUCCCAACAGGCAGGGGACUGGUAUCCAGCAGACCUCGGUAGUAAUGAUUUUAAAGGUCUUUAUGGAUACAAGGUCUUUAUUGCUAUUGCCCUCAUUCUUGGGGAUGGUCUCUACAAUUUAAUCAAGAUUAUAGGCAUGACUCUUAAAGAAAUUUACAAUAAUAUUAGCAAACAGAGCAACCUUCCUGUUGUUAAAGAGGUACUAAAUGGUGAGAGUUCUGAAGAAUUGAUGGAGCAAAGAAAAAGAGAUGAGGUAUUUCUCAAGCAUAGAAUACCAACUUGGCUUGCUGGUUCUGGAUAUCUCGUCCUAGGGGCAUUAUCGGUAGCAACAUUGCCCAUCAUCUUUCCCCCUUUCAAAUGGUAUUUGGUUCUCUUCUCAUACAUCCUUGCUCCUAUCCUUGCCUUCUGCAAUUCCUAUGGCACUGGCCUCACAGACUGCAGUUUACUUUUUACAUAUGGGAAAAUUGGUCUUUUUGUAAUUGCUUCAUUAAUCGGAAGUGAUGGUGGAGUUAUAGGCGGUUUAGCAUCUUGUGGGGUGAUGAUGUCCAUUAUUGGUACAGCAGGCGAACUCAUGCAAGACUUCAAGACAGGCUACCUGACUCUGUCCUCACCCAAGUCAAUGUUCGUCAGUCAGCUAGUGGGAACAGCCAUGGGUUGUGUAAUUGCUCCAUUAACGUUUUGGUUGUUUUGGACUGCCUUUGACAUUGGGGCACCUGAUGGCCCAUAUAAAGCACCGCAGGCUGUGAUAUUCAGGGAAAUGGCGAUAUUAGGUACUGAAGGCUUCUCUAAGUUCCCAAAACACUGCUUGGCUUUGUGCGGUGGGUUUUUCAUGGCAGCUCUGGUUAUAAACCUCCUGAGGGAUGUGAUUCCCAAGAGAAUAUCACGAUUCAUUCCUAUUCCAAUGGCCAUGGCAAUUCCAUUCUACAUCGGAGCAUAUUUUGCCAUAGACUUAUUUGUUGGGACAAUGAUAUUGUAUAUAUGGGAGCAAGUGAAUAGGAAGGAUGCGGAGGAUUAUGCAGGGGCAGUUGCUUCAGGUCUAAUGUGUGGUGAUGGGAUUUGGACGAUUCCAUCAGCAAUCCUGUCUAUUUUUAAGGUGAAUCCACCUAUCUGUAUGUACUUUGGGCCUUCUUUGAGCAGUUGAGUGUGGCAAUGACAACUUGGAAGCAUGCAAUUUUCGGUGAAUUUGUGGAUAGGGGCCCAAACCUCUAUCGGUCACCCAUUUAGUAGCUACUUGGCGAAAAACUGCAGCUUCCUAGUACAUCGUAGGAGUUUAAGAAACAAAAAAAAACAAAAAAAGGGAAUGAGGAAGAAAAAGCCUCUUUCUCUUUGCUAGAAACUCUGUUUGCCUCUUUCUCUUUGCUAGAAACUCUGUUUGAUCUGAACUCUAGACCUAGGCUCAAAUAUGAAGUUUUACUUCAUUUUGAAAUGUUUUUCUAUACCAAUUAGAUGAAUGAUUGGCAAAGGCUUUAGUUAAAAUGGACAUGAAGUAAAGUGGAUCUCAUCUUGGAAAAGUAGCUAGCUUAUAUGUUUCAAGGCUAUUACCUUAAGCUUCCUUUUA